UGCGCGGGGCCCCGCGGCUUCCCUUCGGCCUGGCCGCGGCCUCCCGGCGGCAUCUGCGCUCUACCACCAUGUUCAGGCGGAUUCUGCAGCGGACUCCUGGUAGAGGUGGGUCUCAGAGUUCGGAUUCGGAUUCAUCUGCCACACCUGGAAAUACCGUGGACGUGAACAACGAAGGCUCUUCAGAGGGCUUCAUCUGUCCAUUGUGUAUGAAAGUGUGUGUAACUCCUACUGAUCUGUCUGAACAUUACCAGAGUGAGCACCCUGGGAUAGAAGAAAGACAGGAGCUUCGUGACCUCCCAGCUAUUAGUGGCUUUAUUUGUCCUCUCUGUAUGAAGUCUCAUGGAUCAGCAGAGGAGCUGUUCAAGCACUAUGAAGCAGUUCACAAUUCUGGCAUUGAUUCAACUCGUGGAGGGGAAGGUCAUCUGUCACUGGAAAGAGAUGAAGUAUCACUGCUCCGACAAGAAGUCCAAGACUUGCAAGCUUCGCUGAAGGAGGAGAGAUGGUAUUCAGAAGAGCUGAAGAAAGAACUAGAGAAAUUGCAGGGGCAGCGGCAGCAAGAUUCUAAAUCUGAUGGAUUGACAACAGCUACGUCUACAGAAUCAUUAGAACGGCAACUAGAAGAGAUCCAAGUAGAAAAUUUUAACAUUAAGCAAAUGAAAGACUUAUUUGAGCAAAAAGCAGCACAACUGGCCACUGAAAUUGUGGAUCUUAAAUCAAAGUAUGAUGAAGAAAUCAGCCUUCGGGAAGGUGCAGAACAGAAAGUGACAAACCUGAGACAAGAACUGCAGAAAGAGAGAAGUACAGUAGAAGACUUAAAGACAGAGCUGCUACAAAGGCCUGGUGUGGAAGAUGUGGCUGUCCUGAAAAAGGAGCUGGUCCAAGUUCAAACACUGAUGGAUAAAAUGACCCUGGAACGUGAAAGAGAAUCUGAAAAGCUGAAAGAUGAGUGCAAGCACUUGCAGGCAGAGCAGGCUAACUCUGAGGCUACCAUUAACCAAUUAAGAGCUGAACUUGCCAAAGGACCUCAGGAAGUAGCUGUGUAUGUUCAGGAGCUGCAAAAACUUCAAAGUUCAGUCAAAGAGCUAGAACAGAAGAAUCAGAGUCUGACUGAGAAGCUGCUGAAGAAAGAACAGGACUACACCCAGCUGGAAGAAAAACACAAUGAGGUAUCUGUGAGUAAGAAGAAUGUGCAGGCAAGUUUUCACCAGAAGGACCUGGACUGCCAACAGCUUCAGGCAAAGCUGUCUGUGUCUGAAGCCUCAAUACAGAGAUUACAGACAGAGCUAGGUGAGAAGGCAGAAGCAAGCCAGAAACUUAAAGAAGAGUUAUCCGAAGUAGAGACCAAGUACCAGCAUCUCAAGGCGGAAUGUAAACAGCUCCAGCAGCAGAAGGAGGAAAAAGAGCAGCAUGGCCUGCAACUCCAAAGUGAGCUCAGUCAGUUGCACAGUAAACUCCUAGAAACAGAGCGCCAGUUAGGGGAAGCGCAUGGGCGGCUCAAGGAACAGAGGCAGCUGUCCAGUGAGAAGCUGAUGGACAAAGAGCAGCAGGUGGCUGACCUACAAUUAAAACUUUCUCGUGCUGAAGAGCAGCUAAAGGAAAAAGCAGCAAAUUCCACAGAAUUGCAACAUCAAUUGGAAAAGGCAAAGCAGCAGCACCAGGAGCAGCAGACACUUCAGCAAAAUACGACAGCAAAACUACGAGAAGCCCAGAAUGAUCUGGAGCAAGUACUACGACAAAUUGGAGAUAAGGACCAAAAAAUUCAAAAUCUUGAGGCUUUGCUUCAAAAAAGUAAGGACAACAUCUCUCUGCUAGAAAAGGAAAGGGAGGACUUAUAUGCAAAGAUUCAAGCUGGUGAAGGAGAAACUGCAGUUCUUAACCAGCUACAAGAGAAAAACCAUGCAUUACAAAUACAGGUAACUCAGCUGACAGAGAAGCUGAAGAAUCAAUCAGAAAGUCAUAAACAAGCCCAAGAGAACUUGCAUGAACAAGUGCAGGAACAAAAGGCACACCUAAGAGCUGCUCAAGAUCGUGUGCUUUCCCUGGAAACAAAUAUCACUGAACUAACCAGUCAGUUAAAUGAAAGUAAAGAAAAAGUGUCACAACUUGAUGUACAGGUAAAAGCAAAGACUGAAUUGCUACUUUCAGCAGAAGCGUCAAAAGCUGCUCAGAGGGCGGAUCUACAGAACCAUCUGGACACUGCCCAGAAUGCACUUCAAGAUAAACAACAGGAGUUAAAUAAGGUCAGUGCUCAGCUGGAUCAGGUUACAGCUAAGCUGAAUGACAAGCAGGAAUACUGUACUCAGCUGGAAGCCAGUCUUAAAGAGUACAAAGAAAAAUGCCUUUCUUUAGAACAGAAAACUGAAGAACUAGAGGCUCAGCUUAAGAAACUUGAAGGUGACAUUCUUGAUGCUAGAGCAAGUAAAGACCAAGCCCUUCAGGAGUUACAGCAACAGCAACAUCAGUCUAAAGAAUUAGACCUCCGGACAGCAGAACUGAAUAAGCAACUUGAAGCAGCAAGAGAAGCGAUGUCUAAUGCUCAACUGGAUUUGCAGAAGAAAUCUGAGGCUCUUGACCAAGCAAACCAACAAAUUUCAAAGCAGGAGGCAGAAAAGGCCAGUCUCAAACAGAACCUUGAGAAAUCAAAUCAAGAUGCAAGUAAACAGCUCAAGGAACUUGAUUGCAAAGCGCAAGCAGCCAUGUCAGAGCUGCAACAAGUGAAAUUAGAGAAGGACGCUCUAUUAAAGGACCUUACAGAUACCAAAGAUAAGCUGUCAAAAAGCUCUGAAUCCUUCAAAAAAAGAAAGGAGGAAUUAGAAAAAGAAAUUAAAAAAGGAAAAGCAGCUAUGGCAGAAAUGGAAAAAUCUUGCCAAGAAUUAAAACACCAGCUUCAGAUACAAACAGAGUCUGUAGCUAAAGAGAGGAAUGAAUUGAAAAAUUCACUGGAGAAAAAGGAGGGGAUUUCUAAGCAGUUGUCUAUAGACCUUGAUUCAGCAAGAGCACAAGUACUGGAAAUCCAGGGUCUUCUGAAGGAAAAAGAAAAAACUGAGCAACAUCUGCAGGGAAAGCUGAGAGAGUUAAAGGAAUCUUUUGAGCAGAAGAAAAAACAUAGUGAGACACUGCAAGCUGAAUUAAAAACUGCCCUUUUAGAAAAGGCAGAGCUGGAGAAUAAACUACAACAACAGUCUAUUUUGUCAGCACAGGAGCUUAAAGCAGAGAAGGGCAAGCUAGCAGACUUACAGAAGGCCCAUGAUAAACAUAAAGAAAACAUGGAGAAGCUGCAGCUGGAUCUUUAUGGGAAAGAGUCUGAGCUGCUGGCAACCAGGCAAGACCUCAAGUCCACAGAAGAAAAACUUGCUCUAGCUCAAGAAGAAUUAGUUUCCAGCAGGAAUCGAAUUGCUAGCAAUAAUCAACAGAUUCAGGAACUGAAGAAAGCUAAGUCUACACUGGAGCAGGAUGCAUCAAAGAAAGAACAGCAGCUGGGUGAGAAGAACAAAAUGCUACAAGAUCUUCAGAAUGACAGGAUUUUGAAAGACAAAGAUUUGGCUAAUGAAAAAUGUAAAACGGCAGAGCUCCAGGAAAUAAGGAGUAGGCUUGAAAAAGAAGGUGCCAAGCUGGGUGAAGAGCUUAGAGUCUGCAAGCAAGAAUUUGAGAAGGAGGUGACAAAUCUCAAGGAUGCAAACCAGCUAUUGAUUCAACAGAAAUUAGAACUGCAGAGCAAAAUAGAUAAUGCAAAUUCAACUCUGGAACAGGAGAAACAAAAACAUCAAGCUAUCAAAGAUCAGCUGAAAAAAAGAGAAGAGGAGCUGAAGAAAGAAUGUGGUGAAAUUGAAGCCAAACUGCACACAGAGAAAAAAGACAAAGAAGAGGAAAAACGGAAACAUGAGGAAAAGGAGACUAAGCUCACAAUGCAGGUCACAGCCCUGAAUGAAAACCUGGCUACCAUGAAGAAAGAGUGGCAGAGCAGUCAAAGACGAGUGAGCGAGCUGGAGAAACAGACAGAUGAUUUACGUGGGGACAAUGCUGUCUUGGAAGCAACAGUUCAGAAUAAUCAGGAUGAGAGAAGAGCAUUGCUGGAGAGGUGUAUAAAAAGUGAGGGGGAAAUUGAAAAGCUUCAAGCCAAACUUGUAGAAAUGAAGAAAAAGCUGGACAAUACAACUGCUGCCAUGCAGGAACUUGGCCGAGAAAACCAGUCAUUGCAGAUCAAACACACACAAGCUCUCAACAGGAAGUGGGCAGAAGACAAUGAGGUGCAGAAUUGUAUGGCCUGUGGAAAAGGCUUUUCGGUGACAGUAAGAAGGCAUCACUGUAGACAGUGUGGAAAUAUCUUUUGUGCCGAGUGCUCAGCAAAGAAUGCCUUAACUCCUUCUUCCAAGAAGCCUGUCCGAGUGUGUGAUACUUGCUUUAAUGACUUGCAAGGAUAACUGGCUAUCGUGAGUGACAAAGAAAUGUUACACUAAAAUUUACUAUUUCUGUUGAUGCACUUCAUUCAGCACUCAGACUACUAUUCAGUUUGGACAAUGAUUGUAACACUUGGCAAAAUCUAGUAUAUUUUAAAAUGUUUAUUGAAACCAAGCAAAACUAUUGUAUUUUUUUGUGAGACAUGGGCUCAGAUCAUCCAUAGCUUACUAACAUUAAUCAUGGAAAGAGCUUUUAUGUCUAGAUUAGAGAUAUCCAGUUAUUUGUAAAUAAAGUUUAAACAGAGGAGUAA